AUAGUCAGAUAAAUGGAAACAGCCAACAUAGAAAAAUCUAAGUCGAACAAUCGUGAUCCGAAGAAGCACAGAACUGAAGCUAAACUCAUCAUUGUUAAAAGUAAGCAGGCAUUUGGAGGAAUUAUUUUGGCACUUUUGGAGUGAUACUAUUGAUGGCAUAGGAAAAGCAAGCAUUAAAGAUGGACAAAGAAAUAAAAUAGCUGAAGACCCGAGAAAAUAAAAAUAAUACUUCAACUGUGAGUUGUUCUUCAUCUAUGAACAACAUGAUGCCUUACUCUAAAUUCAAAUCAAAUAUUGAAAACACAAUCUUGAGAGAUAAAGACAAGAUUCCACUAGCAAAGCAGAAAGGAUUGACCAACACUGCUCCCAAAAAUAAAAGAUACAACAAUACAAUGAUGGAAGAGCGAAGUAUCCCAGCUUCUCAUUUUGAAAGCAAAAAUAAAGCUAUUCUUGAAAGACUUGGAAGUUGCUCGUCUUAUGAAGGAAAAGGCAAAGUUAAUAAAUCUGUUGAACGAAAUGCCGAAUCUACCCCUACAAAUAAAACUAAAAUUGAAGAUAUUCGAGCGAUGCUUAGGGUAAAAUUUGGAGCUGGUUCAGGCAUUCAACAAUCACCUGGAAUUCUUGCUUACCCAAAAGCGAAAGAAAAUGAUAAUUUUGAAGAAAUAAAACUGACCAAAGAUACAAACAGAAGAAAGCAGAGAGCAGGAUUUGUUAUCAAAAGCACUGAUAAACUUAAGAAGAAGUUAGAUGGCAAUAUCUACAACUAUGAGGACUUCUCAUCAGUUCUAUCGAAGUCCUAUAUUGAACAAUACACGAAGACAUACAAUGAGGAUUAUGAAAUCUAUUGACCAUAUUUCAGAGAAGAAAUAUCCCCGAUACACAAAUAAGCAAAACAGGAAGGGCUCACAAAAAGACUUUAAAUAUAUCAACAAAAGCAAGAUCAUUUCUAAUAAUCUCUCAGGAUCCAAUAAAGAAGCAGCUGAGCUUCUCAGAAUCUACUCUGACCAUCCUAAGCAUCCUCAUGAGCGUAACAGUGACUCCAUUCUUCCUCAGAUAGAUUGCACUCGAAAACUCAAUAGAUUUAGUGAGAAAAGUAGCAAUAAAGAUACUUAUUACUGAACAGGAGACACCAUCAACGAAGUUCCUGAGAAUAAAAUUGAGAAAGCUAGUUCUCUUCUGAAGUCAUCUCAAGAAGGACUUCUUGAAGGCCAAAACAGGAGAUACAUGAAAGGGACUAGAAACGACAAUCCAUACUACAGAAAUAACUCUAACGGGACAAUGGAGACUCUGCAAUCUAGUAGUAACUUCAUGUAUAUCCAAAGUCUUCAUGAUAAAUCAGAAAAAAAACCUGUGGUUUAUUUCAAUGAGAACACAGAUGCAAGAAAAAGAUCUGGCUCUAUAAUUUUAAGCGAGCAAUCUGUUAAGAAUGAUAGAUUGAGCGAUAUAUCAGCAAGUUCACCUCAAAAGCUGAGAUUGUCUGAAUCAAAUUGAGCACAACAAAUUAAAGGAAGUCAUCGAAACAAUUUAUCUAUCACUGCUAAAGGUCUCAAUGUGUAAUAGAAUUUCUUUCAUUGGUAUAGUAAGCAUAGUAAGG